AUGCAGGCGGCAUCCAAUCGACAGAGCCAACUACCUCAACCGCAAAUCAUUCUGCUCAAGGAAGGAACAGACACUUCUCAGGGAAAACCUCAGCUCGUCUCGAACAUCAAUGCCUGCCAAUCGAUUGUCGAUGCUGUACGGACGACACUGGGUCCCCGUGGCAUGGAUAAGCUGAUCGUGGACAGCAAGGGAAAGGCCACAAUCUCCAACGAUGGUGCGACGAUCAUGAAGUUGCUGGAUAUUGUACACCCGGCGGCGAAAACGCUAGUCGAUAUUGCUAAAUCGCAAGAUGCCGAGGUUGGCGAUGGUACCACGAGUGUGGUGUUACUGGCCGGAGAAUUUCUCAAACAAUUGAAACCCUUCGUGGAGGAAGGUGUGCAUCCGCGUAUCAUUAUCAAAGCCGUUCGCAAGGCCCUGAAUCUUUGCGUCACGCAGAUCAACGAGCUGGCGUUCAAGAUCGAGAAGCACGACAACGAGAAGCACCGAGCGCUGCUGGAGAAAUGUGCGGCGACUGCCCUCAACUCGAAGCUCAUCCACCAGCAGAAGGAAUUCUUCUCGAAGAUGGUGGUCGAUUCGGUUACAACACUGGAUGCGUUGCUUCCGCUAAACAUGAUCGGUAUCAAGAAGGUGACCGGUGGCGCUCUGGAAGAUUCUAUGCUUGUGGAAGGGGUGGCCUUCAAGAAGACUUUCGCAUACGCCGGCUUCGAGAUGCAGCCCAAGAGUUACGAUAAUGUGAAAAUUGCGCUGCUAAACAUUGAGCUGGAGCUGAAGGCGGAGCGAGAUAACGCAGAAGUGCGUGUCGACAAUGUGGCCGAGUACCAGAAGGUGGUGGAUGCGGAGUGGCAAAUACUGUACGAUAAGAUGGCCAAAAUUCAUCAAUCUGGUGCUCAGGUCGUGCUGUCGAAGCUGCCCAUCGGUGAUGUAGCGACACAGUAUUUCGCCGACCGGGACAUGUUCUGUGCCGGUCGUGUACCGGACGAGGAUCUGAAGCGCACGCAAAAGGCUUGCGGUGGUGCUGUCAUGACAACGGUGCAGGACAUCAGCGAUAAGGUGCUGGGCAGAUGCGCUCACUUUGAAGAGCGCCAGAUUGGAAGCGAACGUUUUAACCUUUUCCAGGGCUGCCCGAAUGCCAAGACGUGCACGAUCAUACUGCGUGGUGGUGCCGAACAGUUCCUGGAAGAAACGGAGCGUUCGCUACACGAUGCAAUUAUGAUCGUUCGCCGUACAAUUCGGAAUGAUUCGGUAGUGGCAGGUGGUGGUGCAAUUGAGAUGGAACUUUCUAAAAUGCUACGCAACCAUUCACGCACAAUCGCCGGCAAGGAACAGCUGCUGAUCGGUGCUAUGGCCAAGGCGUUGGAAGUUAUCCCGCGCCAGCUGUGCGAUAAUGCGGGCUUCGAUGCCACCAACAUUCUUAACAAAUUGCGCCAGAAACACGCACAAGGUUGUCAAUGGUACGGUGUGGACAUUAUGAAGGAACAUAUUGCGGACAACUUUGAAGCGUUCGUUUGGGAACCUUCCGUCAUCAAGAUUAAUGCACUGACGGCUGCCUGCGAGGCUACUUGCAUGAUUCUGUCGGUGGACGAAACGAUCAAAAGCCCUAGAGCGGGUGGGGAUCAACCAGUGCAGCCUCCGAUGGGCCGUGGCAUGGGACGUCCGUUUUAA